AUGACGGAGCUCUUCAGGUACAGCCCGCUGGAUCUUGCAGGGCGAUCCUUCCGGCUACUGAUGCUCCACCAAGGAAUGGCAGGUGAGAUUUCAUGCAACAUCUUCGAAGCAAGCCUUGAGUCCGACAGCGCCAUGCCAUACGAGGCCCUGUCAUACGCCUGGGGAAGUACCGACCAGUCCGAAACCAUCACCGCGAAUGGCAAGAUUCUGCAUGUCACCAAGAACCUCUACUCGGCUCUCGGGCACCUCCGCAACAAGGAGAACAGGAUUCUAUGGGUUGACGCCAUCUGUAUCGACCAGACGAAUCUCCAGGAGCGAGGGCAUCAAGUUGGACAGAUGAGCGACAUCUACAAACAGGCUGACCAGGUUCUCGUGUGGCUAGGACCCUCAACGUACGAGACGAAGGUCCUCAUGGAGAGCCUUGGGAAGUUGCAACGAAGUGUCUCCAAGCCGGCAGACUGGACCAACACUGACCUCUUGAGUCGACAGUGGCUUGAGGUGGAGCAGAAGAAUCAUCUCGACUACGCCGCUCUGACCGACAUUCAACGUUGUGGUCUUACGUCCCUACUUCACCAGCCAUGGUUCAAUAGGAUCUGGAUCAUUCAAGAAGUAGCCAACGCAAGAGCUGCUACCAUAUGCUGUGGACAACACUCAAUCCGCUCGCACGCCUUCGCCGUCGCCCCAGGGCUUCUCGGCCUCGACCUCGACCCCCACCGCCAGGCGGUCCUGGACCUUAUGCCGAGUCCGUCUCGGAAGGCCAAUACUCAAAAGAAGCACCUUCACACACUCUUACGAAGCUUCCGCCAAAGUCAAGCCACAGACCCCCGAGAUAUGGUGUAUGCCUUACUCGGCAUCUCAGAUCUUGGCAGUGACAUCGUCCCAGACUACAACAAGCCCGAAGUACAAGUUGUCCACGAACUUCAAUCGCUCCUGUUCUUCGGAGCAGAAUUUGCUCGAAACCUAGGCCAGUUCGCGGCCAUGCGGCACUUUCUCCUCGAACUCCCGACCCUGACCGACAACGCUUUCAAGACCCUCAUCGUCCGCGGCAGAUUAGACGAGGUGGAGGAGCUACUGAGGCGAGGAGAGACUUUCUGCAUCACGGAAAUGACUGCCUCUCUAGCAAUAGUCGAAGCGGGGGGCAUGAUGCGAAAGCUUCUGGAGUUGAACCAUCCAAAUUUGACGUUCAGCCUGGAUUGCUUCGACUACAUGUUCAAUUGGUGUAGUACUGAGACUGCGUCUCUGAUCCUCAAUCGCGCGGGUGAAGAAUUGAGAAUCAUCACGUCAGGGAUGGCCUUCGCGAUGAGUGGUGGAUCAGAAGAGACUGAGGAAAGAGGAGGUAUUUCGGCUUUGAUGACGACCUGGGCGAGGACACGCACCAUUUCAGUCACCCAGAAAGCAUUUGAAACCUUUGCUGGGAUGGGUAAUAUGACGGUAGUUCGGAGGAUAUUGGAACCUGCCGAUAAGAGUUACCGCGUCACGGUCGAUAUGCUGGGCAUCAUGCAGAGAGAGGCCUCGAACGCGGUGAAAAGGCGCGAGAUAUUGGAGUGCUUGCUGACACAGAAUGAUGGUAUCAUUACAGUUGAUGACGAUGCGAUUGUCUGGAUCAUUGGAAUAGCUGAUGAGAAGGUUGCGGGGUUUCUACUCCGGCACAUUUCGUCUCAAAGUACCCCUCUAAUCACCGCAGAUUUGGUAGACGAUGUUUCAUUUCAAAUGGUGUUGAACGACGAGUGGGAGCACACUACUGGCCAAGAAAUGGCCGAGAAAAUCACCAAAACCGUCCUUGAUUGGGAUCAGAGAGGUAUAUUGAAGUUCACACCGCCGUAA